AUGGAAACGAUUUAUGACGAAAUAGAAAUAGAAGAUUUCACAUUUGAUCCAAUCCAACAGAUUUUCCAAUAUCCAUGUCCAUGUGGUGAUAGAUUUGCAAUUAGUAUUUAUGACAUGCAAGAUGGAGAAGAUAUUGCUGUUUGUCCUAGUUGUUCAUUAAUGGUUAAAGUUAUUUUUGAACCAGAGGAUUUAGAAGAAUACUUGAAAGAAAUUGAAGGAUAA